AUGUCACUUGAUGUAGGCUCUCUUUGUUUCUUCAAGCACCCCCUGGAGUCGUGGGUUGUUUCCCGCGUCAUAGCGAGGGAUGCGAGGGGGUACGUGGUGAAGACAAGUGACAGUGAGCGGAAGUGUGUGGGCGAGGUGUUUAGUGAUGUGACGGAGGACCGCGUCGCCGCCUGCCGGGACGACCUGCUGGACGAAGAACCGGAUGAUCUUCUUGCGCUCACUGUGCUGCACGAUGCCCCGUUACUACGCUGCCUGUACCUUCGUUAUUUUCGUAACGUCAUCUAUACGAACAUUGGGGCCAUUGUGGUGGCGAUAAAUCCCUUUAACUAUACGAUCCCGUGGUACCAAGACAGCCAAAUGGUGAAUUACCUGCAAGAGGGCCCUGUGAUUGAGAAGAACCUGCCACACUCUUGGGCGCAGGCACACAACACUUAUUACGAUAUGAUCUCCGAUCGGGUGAAUCAAUGCAUUAUUGUCUCUGGGGAAUCUGGAGCAGGAAAGACGGAGACGACAAAGAUUGUGAUGAAGUAUCUCGCGCAGGUGUCCUGCAAGGAAGGCACGGAAGAUGAAAAGGCGAGGAGUCUCGAGGUGGGUGCGAAGUUGGAUGCCUGCUCACCCAUCUUGGAGUGUUUUGGGAAUGCCCGAACUGUUCGUAAUGACAAUAGCUCCCGCUUUGGCAAGUUCAUGCGGGUGAAAUUUAACGAGAAGGGCCAACUCGUCGGGGCGGAGACAACAAAAUAUUUGCUAGAAAAAUCUCGCAUUGUUACUGCCGCAGAGAAAGAGCGUGUCUACCACAGUUUUUACCUUCUAGUCCGGGGAGCAAUGGGCAAGACGCUGUGGCUUGAGGCCGAUACCGCGUACAAGAGCCUGAAUGCGGGGAGGUGUCUACAAAACUCCGAGUACAAUACUGCUAAGGAAUACAACGAAGUCAUUGGAGCCAUGACGAAGAUUGGCAUAAGUGACGAGGAGGUCCAUUCGUUGUGGAGGUGCGUCGGCGGUAUUCUUUCAUUGCUGAACGUCACUUUUGAUGCAGAUGGGGAAGGAGCGCAGUUGCAACAAGCAACCGAAAAAUACCUAAAGGAUGCUGUGCGUCUCUGGCGUGUAGAAGAGGCGACACUACGGAAGGAGAUGGUAACCACAACGCUGGUUGUGCAAAAGAACGAAACCAUCAAGUUGUUGCGGCCAACUCUUGCACUGGACGCACGCGAUGCCCUUGUGAAGGCCCUGUACGACGGUCUCUUUGGAUGGCUUGUCGACAAGUGCAAUCGGAUGUGUGAUGUGGCGGUGUCGGGAAACUGGAUUGGUCUUUUGGACAUCUUUGGAUUUGAGGACUUCACAAAAAACAGCUUUGAGCAGCUCUGCAUCAACCUGACGAACGAGACACUUCAAAACCACUACAACAAGUACAUAUUUGAGAGGGAUAUAAAUGAAUGUCGCGAGGAGGGCAUUGAUGUCACCGAGGUGGCAUGCCCUGACAACUCCCCAUGUCUGCAGCUUAUCGUGGGCAAGAGCGGUAUUUUUGCCUUGCUUAACGAGGAAUGUACGCUCGGGAAGGGCAGCGAGCUUGCGUUCCUUGAGAAAUUGGAUCAGGCACAUACGGGGAAAAAUUCCUUCUUUGAAAAGAAGAAGGUGAGUCGUGACACGUUCAUUAUUCAUCACUACGCUGCGAGUGUCACUUAUGACGUGAAUGGCUGGCUUGAGAAGAACCGUGACACCCUCAAAGACGGCGUGAAGCGAAUGAUGCGGAAUUCACAGGACCCACUCAUUCGCGAGUUUCUGGAGGCCCCGUUACCUCCUGAAACACGCGGCAAACGACUGACCGUUGGCGCAGUCUUUCGAGGGCAACUCGAUGCUCUCAUGGGGAUCAUAAACACCACGAAUCCUCACUGGAUCCGAUGCAUUAAGCCACACCCGGCGAAGAAACCAUUAAUGUUUGACGGAUUGCAGACGAUGCGACAACUUGAAUCCAGCGGAGUGUUGGGAACUGUGAAAAUACGCAAAGCAGGAUAUCCUGUGCGAAAUACCUUUGAGAAGUUUAACAAGCGCUAUAACAUUAUACUUGGGGCCAAGGCUCAGGGAAAGAGUGGUCGUAAAUUGGCGCAAAUGAUCCUUAUCGCGUGCGGUAUAAAUAGCCGGUCCAUUGCACAACUGGGGAAAACGAAGGUGUUUAUGAAGGCGGAGGCUUUCCCCAUCGUGGAACGCCUGAGAAACGAAUCGCUUUUAAAGUUAUGUCUUCGGCUGCAGAGCUGUGGAAGGGCAUACCUUGUGAGAGUUUACGCGAAUCGCGAACACUGCGAACAGAAGUGCAGGCGACUUGCCAUGCUGCUCACACAAGAGUUUCGUGCGUACAUGAAGCGUUCCGUCGAGUUGAGGGAGGCAAAGGCGCGUUGGCGCAAGGAACAGCUGGCACUGUUUUCCCAGCGGGUUGCGGCGUUGUAUGAGGAGUGCGAAGAAGAGAAGGUGCAGAUCCAUUGUGAAGCAAUUCGGUUGGCGCAGGGACUGCAAAUAGCUUUAAAAAAACAUGUUGAACUAAUUAGAUCCUGGGAGGUGCAGAAGUCAACAGAACGCCGGUGUUUAUUGGAUGCCGAUUUGGCGGCACGAGAGCGUAUGCUGCAAGAGGCCACGUUAUACCUUGAGGGGCUUCGCUGUGUCUUCCGAGAGGAACAGCGGCUGUUCUUCACAAUGCUUUUGGGGGAACUGCUCGACGUGGAGUUUGGCCGGCGUGCACAGAUUCGAAGUGUGGAGAGUGAGGAACGGAGCCAGUUGUGGCGUGCCUAUUGGUUACGGCAUGCGAUGCAGCAGCUGGAGGUUCUCUACAGGGAGGCUUUGAUGUCACACAGGUGUAUGGAGGCCAUGGAACUCAUCCAACGCGAUGAAAUAAAGGAAAGGCGAGCGUUGGAGCAGAAGAACCGCUCUUAUUGGAAGUCCUUCAAGCGACGGUUUCGGGAUAAGGAGGGUAUGGCAACCCGAAUUUCCGGAUGUCGGGAGGAACGUGAGAGAGCGCGGGUAAGUCAAUUGAUGGCGCUGCACGGCGUGGUGGCAAAGGAAGUCAGACAACAGCAGGGUCGCUCGCAUUCGUCACACAUGAACCCCACAAAUUUCUCUACGACAACGCACGACAUUGGGCCGGGCCUGCAGAAUCAUCCACGCUCACCCUCAGGAAUUGACACCCAGUGCUCAACUACCCCGCAUCUUUUGCUGCUUUCGGGAGAAUCGCGGGCGCAGCCCGAGACGCCUUUUCCUGCGGCAUUUAUAAAUGGUUUUGUUUCUACGAAUCAGCCUAUGCAGUUUUGGGGAAAAAGACCUAAGCAGGCCGCGAAAACCCCUGUGCACGUUUCUGUAGUGCCGACGUAUGACUUUUCUACCUCUCCCAUGCCAUCUGCCGUUCUUGAUGAGAAAUGGGGGAGGAAGAAGUUGAUGAAUAACCACUACAGGGCGCGGCCAUCAUCGCCUUUUUCUGAGAGAGCGUCCAACUUGGUGUCGUGGCCAUGCGCAGCCGCCACACACACCUCAGCAGACCGCCGACUUUUCCCGGAGCCCUCGGCAGUAAUUUCACCGUCUGACGUCCCCCGUGGAGCGCCUCCGGGAAAACUCCACCCAUCAGCUGCCGGGGCGAAUUUGGACGGUAGGGUUCAAGAGACCGUGGCAUCGGGGGCGCGGUACAAGCGCUCAAAACGCUGGGCGUGA